GUGUCAAAGUGUCUUUAGUUAGCAUCCAGGUAGCUAGCUAGCCAGCCAGCCAAAUAGCUAGAUAUUGUGUUUGGAAAUUUGUGGAGAUUGCGUGUCACCCGCAAACUGCAUCUUACUUUGUUAUGUGCUUGAACCAUAUCAAAUGCAUCAGACGUGACAACUGUCAGUUUCUUCAAGCGAUCAGAAUCUUACUUUAGCCUAAUUUGGGAGAUGACGCUACACAGCAUACACUUUCUUGUCCCUGACUAGAAGUAAACAUGGGCCAGAAGAAGAGAAGUGGUCGAGUGCACCCUCCUACCUGUCCAUCUGAAACGCAGCCUCCUGCUGCCGCUCGCACGCUUGACCCGCCCAACUCCAGCAAAGCCAGAGGUUUCGGCCGUGAGGAGCGAGCGAGACACCGCAUCUGCAUGGUGUCUGACUUCUUCUACCCCAACAUGGGUGGAGUAGAGAGUCACAUCUAUCAGCUCUCGCAGUGCCUCAUAGAGAAGGGUCACAAGGUCGUCAUAGCAACACACGCCUACGGCAACCGCCGUGGCAUUCGCUACCUAACCAACGGUCUGAAGGUGUACUACCUCCCACUACAGGUGAUGUAUAACCAGUCCACAACCACCACCUGCAUCCACAGCCUACCUCUACUGAGAUGCGUGUUUGUGCGUGAACGUGUCACAGUGGUGCACGCCCACAGCUCAUUCUCAGCCAUGGCACAUGAUGCCUUGUUCCAUGCCAAGACCAUGGGCCUCAACACUGUCUUCACAGACCACUCUCUCUUUGGAUUCGCUGACCUUAGCUCAGUUCUGACCAAUAAGCUCCUGACUGUGUCUCUGUGUGACACCAACCAUAUUGUGUGCGUGUCGUACACCAGCAAGGAGAACACGGUGCUCAGAGCCGCCCUCAAUCCUGACAUCGUAUCUGUCAUCCCCAACGCCGUCGACCCCACCGACUUCACCCCGGACCCGAGUCGCCGCGAUAACAGCAAGAUCACCAUUGUUGUGGUCAGCCGAUUGGUCUACAGAAAGGGAAUUGAUCUGCUGGGUGGAAUUAUUCCAGAGUUGUGUACCAAGCAUCAUGAUCUCUACUUUCUGAUUGGUGGAGAAGGUCCUAAGAGAAUUGUUCUAGAGGAAGUUAGAGAGAAGUAUCAGCUUCAUGACAGGGUGCGUCUCUUGGGUGCUCUGGAUCAUAAGGAUGUAAGAGAUGUCCUGGUACAGGGUCACAUCUUCCUCAACACUUCACUGACUGAAGCCUUCUGCAUGGCCAUAGUGGAGGGAGCAAGCUGUGGAUUACAGGUGGUGAGUACCCGUGUUGGAGGUAUACCUGAGGUUCUCCCUGAUGAGUUGGUAACUCUGUGUGAGCCUACUGUGAGCUCCCUCUGUGCUGGCCUGGAGACUGUUAUUGCUAGGCAGCGCUCAGGCAAAGUGCCACCUCCAGCAGACAUUCACAGCAAAGUCAGAACGCUCUACACUUGGAGAAAUGUUGCUGAACGGACAGAAAAGGUGUAUGACCUUGCGUGCAGGCAGCCAGUCUUGCCAUUGCCUGCUCGGCUGCAAAGGCUGCAGUCUCACUGCGGUGCUUUUGCAGGCUUCAUCUUCUCCUUCUUGGCUGUCAUUGACUUCCUCUUCCUGUUUUUCCUGCAAUGGCUCCACCCAGAUCACCUCAUUGAUGUUGCCGUGGAUGCGUCUGGCCCACACAGCUGCUGGGGGCCUAGCUUCAAGAAGAAGGCUAAAGACUCAAACAGAGCAUGGCCUCCUGGUGCAGAUACAAGGCACUGUUAGAGUCUGGUCAGAUGUCAGGUUUUGUUUUGUUUUUUUUGUUUUGUUUUUUUUUGGAAACCCUGAGUACAUGAGUAGAUUCUACAGAAUGCACCGAAUAUUCCCAUUUACAUUCCAGGGAAAGGUAUUUCAUGAGUCUGGGAGAACAUCAUAUUUCUGUCAGCCAUGUAUGACCUCCUGAGGAGACUCACUAGACUCACUUUUCUACAUACAGUAAUAUUACAUUUUUCUGUUUGUAGUACGUGGUACUUUUUUUUUUGAGGCAGUGAAAAAGAAAUCCCAGGCACUGUUUAUCUUAAAGCUAAGGCUUUAUGGGAUUUUGUUUACAUUUUCUUUCAUUCAUACUGUUUUUAGCACUGUGUCUCAGAGAAAUAUACUACUUUAUGACCCCUUCAUGAGCUUGCGUUGGCGACAUGUCUCCAAAUUCCUGCUUCAUCUUAGAAAUUCAUGCAAAUCAAGUGGCAAGGUUGUUCUGAAAGAACAUAAGCUAUCUUUAUAUUAAUUAACCCCCCAAACAUUUUUGCAGAACAUCAGCUACAACUACAGAAAAUAAUAAUGUAGAAUACAGAUUGGCCUGCCAAAUGUGGGUUUACUGUGACAAGUGAUAAAUUGCUGUAAGGUUCUUGAUAUUUUUGGCAACAUUCCUUUGUAGGUAAAUCACAGUAACAUUAGGUAAACCUCAGCCUUUGGUUAAAAUGGUUAUGUUAAAUGUGCAAUGACAUUAACUAAGAUGUGGUUAUAGUUUUAUUUGCUGAAGUGAUGUAGCUUUUGAGUGCUUUAUCUCUGAACUACUCAGGGGAUUUUGUAAAGUAUUUAUGCAAAACUAGGUUUAAAUGUUUAUUGUGUUGUCUUUUUCUUUUUUUAAUUACAGACUAAAAUUAAAUUAUAAAAAUGAAGCUGAAAUUGUAAUACAUUGAACCACUUUAAAGUAAAUUUAUACUAGCAAGCAAACUUACGGAUUAUUAAAGUUUGCAAAAUUCUCUAAUUUGAUUA